AUGUCUCUGUCACUGUCUCGACCUCGUAUCCUCCUUGCUUUCAGUAAUGAUUAUGACAAUAAAUUGCAGUUCUUCUCCUCGCCUGAUCACAAUUCAUCUCUUCCAUUACCAUCUUCAAUGGUAGCCCUAAAAGACAGCACUUUGACUAUGCCACAAGUCGGACGUGAUAUCGUCCAGCGUAAUUCAGUUCGUGGCUUCGUCUGUUGUUCCCUCUCGGGUACGUUCGUUGUAUAUAAUCCAACCACAAGACAAGUCAUAAGCUUACCGGAACAUCCCGAGACUUUUUUUAACUUUAUUCAUGAAUUUCAUCAAUGUCACGUGUUCUUGGGAUACGACCCAAGCAAAGAUCAAUACAAGGUAUUGCGCCUGGAUAUGUUUAUGCGCUUUACUGAACACAGUGUAUGCACGUUGGGAGGUCGAUUGUCGUGUAACUCAUGGAGGAGCAUCCAAAGCAAUAUACGUGAUUGUGGUCGUAGUAAGUAUAACGGAAUCUGCAUUGAUGGGGUUGUUUAUUUCGAGGCACCAAGGAAUUACAACUCUAGGAUGACAGUGAGUAGUUUUGAUGUUGGGUCCGAGCAGCUACGUCUCAUCAAAACACCUGAGGAUUGUUGUGGUGUCCUAACAAACUACCUAGGGAAGUUAGCUGCGUACGAUAAUUCAUCCGAGAAUAGUGGUUGUUUUAAUUUGUGGGUUCUUGAUGAUGUUAAGAAUCAAGUUUGGUCGAAACGGGUUUUGGUUCUUGAUUCUUGGAUAUUGCGCAUGAGCUUUGCGGGGGUUACUGCUGCUGGAGAGGUCAUCUAUGUUCCAUGCACGUAUCGUGGUGAACCUAAUUUCGAGAUUUACUGUUACAAUGUAGAGAAGAAGGUGGGAAGAAGUGUUAGAGUUGAAGGACUUGUUGCAACUGAAGCUUACUGGCCAUCGGGAAGCUUGUACAUGAUUUGCCUGCACAUGAAAGCAUCACGUUUACGUCUCUGUGUAUUUGUCAUGGGACCAGAACCAAUGCUAUAG